AUGUCGGCGUACGGAUGGAAGAGCUUCGAAGCGAAUGAGGAUCGACCGGAGAAGCCUCGCCGUUACGGCGUAACGGAGAUGCGAGGUCCCCGUUACUCUGUUCUGAGCCAAAACGUACUUCAGGACAUUUUCGAUUCGAUGGGGCAAUUUGUUGAUGGGUUAAAGUUUUCUGGGGGAUCUAACAGUUUGAUGCCGAAAUCGUUCAUCAAACGUGCUAUUGAAAUGGCUCAUGAACACGAUGUGUAUGUAAGCACGGGCGAUUGGGCCGAGCAUAUGCUUCGAAGUGGCCCUUCAGCGUUCAAGGAGUAUGUUGAGGAGUGUAAGCAGUUGGGAUUUGACACGAUUGAGCUGAAUGCUGGUUCGCUUGAAAUCCCAGAGGAAACAUUCCUACGGUAUGUACGUCUGAUAAAGAGUGGCGGUCUCAGAGCAAAACCGAUUUUUGCUGUGAAAUUCAACAAGUCUGAUAUUCCUGGUCGGGCCAGGGCAUUCGGGUCUUAUGUUGUUCCAGCACCUAGAUCAAGCGAGUUUGUUGAGGACAUAGACCUCUUGAUACGAAAGGCUGAAAGAUGUUUAGAAGCCGGGGCAGAUAUGAUCAUGAUCGAUGCUGAUGAUGUCUGCAAAUAUGCUGAUUCGCUCCGAGCUGAUAUAAUCGCGAAAGUCAUAGGAAGUCUUGGGAUAGAGAAGACAAUGUUCGAAGCUUCAGAUGAAAAAAUGGCUGAGUGGUUCAUCAAACGUUACGGACCAAAUGUGAAUCUCUUCGUGGAUCAUUCUCAAAUUAUGGAUCUGGAGUGCCUCCGAGGUCGUCAUCUGGGUAAAGAUCACAAAUCAGUUCUUGGCUCCUCGUAUUUCUUGUUCUGAACUAUCGAUAUCUCGCUACUUGUUUGAAGCUUUUUGCUUCCUCCUGUGUUAUGUGUUUGUGUGCCUUGUGUCAUGUGAUUGUACUUCAGCAAUGCUGUAAAAGAAUGAACGUUUGAACAUGCAAUGUAAAGUACUAAACAAAGUAAUGCCCUGAAGGCCAAAUUUUCACGUUGUUU